AUGGCGGACAAUCUUCUCCUCCAAGAGGGAGAAGGCGCUACAGCAGCUGAAGGUAACCGUAGCCACCACUCUAAUUCUCCUUCUCCCAACGAAGACAAAGUGAUCAACGGUGCAGAUUUCAUCAGCUCUUUACCGGACGCGAUCCUCCAUGUUAUCUUGUCCUUUGUUCCGACUAAGUUCGCCAUCAGAACCUCUACACUGUCCACGCGUUGGAAGCAUGUAUGGUGCGGCACACCUUCUCUCUCCAUCGAUUUCCUUAGGAGAAAGCGUAACGCGAUCAUGGAAACCUUAACUCGCCACUACUCUGCUCUCAGAAUCACGAGUUCCCAUCUAUGUAUCAGCGAUGAGGUCAACAGUGAGGAAGGUGUAUGCGUAGAGUCCUUUAUUCUACCAACUGCAACCAAAUCCCCGGUUGAUAGCUUGAUCGAGUUUGGCAUUUCGGAGAAGAUGUCUCUGGAGUUCCGUGAUCCUUGCUUUGGGAACUAUGAAUUUCCUGAUCUCUUUUUCACCAAUUCCUCUUUAACGCAACUCUCCGUAGACAGGGGAAAUUUCGCAACCGUUCAAAACAUCUCUUGGACGUCUCUAAGGAUCCUAUUUCUGAGUUUCUGCAAACUUUCCGAUGAAUCAUUUACUAAGAUCCUGUCUGGUUCUCCACUGCUCGAAAGCUUGAUGUUGCAUGACUGUCUGAAUCUUGAGCAUCUUGAUCUUAGCGGAUCUCUGCACUUAAGGAGAUUGGAUAUAGAGAUUCAGGGACCAAUGCCGAGACCAAUGCAGCUUGUGGCACCACAUGUCCAUUGUUUGAAACUGAAUCACACUUUUUAUCAAUGUGGUUUGAUCUUAUCACUUGCUGAGGCCUGUAAUCUUCCUUUUCCGACACUCAAAGUGGAAGUUUUAACUGUUAAAGCUGUGGUUGAUGUUGCGUCUAUUAUUCCUGGUAUAGCUAAACUGUUACAAAACUCGCCAAGUUUGAAGAAGGCUAAACUUGACAUUGUCGAUUCCUUCAUCAUUCCGGAUGAUUUACUUAGGAUGUAUCUGUCGAACAGAGGCGAUGUGAAUAUGAAUCAAAUCUGGAAACCGAAAUCUUGGGUGAUUCCUUGGCUGUUUCCAACUUCUGAGGCAGAACCUAUGAGGUUCAUGCGAUUUCUACUGGCAGACAUUAUAAGAGAAUGA